CAGCGCGCGGGGGCCGAUACCUGCCGAGAGCAGAGGGGCGUCUCCCCAAAAGCCUCCGCUGCGCUGCGCUGCGCUGCGCUUCCCGGGGUCGAAGGUGGGACUGUGGGGCUCGAUUCGGGCUGGCAGCGGAGGGUGGGGGGGCGCUUCAUUCCCACACCAGCCCGGGCGGAGGCGGCGGCUGUCGGGCGCUGCGCAGCAAGGAGAACGGCUGACGAUGGCUCUGAUCCGCACCAGACUGGGGCUGCUGGUCCUUGGGGUUCUUGUCACUUUUGUCCUCUACCUGUUGCUCCCUGCCAUCCAGCAUGAGAGGUUCACGUCCAGGGCAGGCAGCCACAAGGCCCAGGCAAGGGCUGAGGAGAAGGGCCAGCGAGAUGUCAACGUCACCGUCCUAACGGGGACCAUUGCAGGGAGCCCGUCCAUCUUAUUCAGAGAAGGCUUCCUGCUCCAGAGAGCUGGGACUCCCAGUCCCAAAAGGCUGGAGGUCAUUUUUCUGCAUGGCCAGGCUUUCACUUCCAAGACCUGGGAGGACCUGGGGACGCUGACCCUGCUCUCAGAAGAAGGAUAUCGCUCCAUUGCUAUCGACCUGCCUGGCUACGGCAACUCCCCGCCUUCCGAUGCCAUCUCCACAGAGCAGGGCCGUGUCGCCUUCCUGCAGCAUGUGUUGAAGGAGCUGGGGAUCCAGAGGCCCGUUCUGAUCAGCCCGUCCAUGAGUGGCCGCUAUUCCAUCCCCUUCGUCCUGGUGCACGGGGCGCAGCUGAAGGGCUUUGUGCCCAUCGCGCCUGUGGGGACCCAGGACUACACGUCCCAGCAGUACCAGCAGGUCCAGACGCCAACUCUGAUCAUCUAUGGUGAGCGUGACACCGGCCUGGGCUCUCAGUCCCUGCAGAGCCUGCAGCAGCUCCCAAAGCACAAGGUGGUGGCACUGCCUGAUGCUGGCCACGCCUGCUACCUGGAGAAGCCUCACGAGUUCCAUGAGGCGCUGCUAGCCUUCCUGGGCGAGCUGCAGUGAACAUGGACCCUCCUGGGGCUGGAGCCUGGCUGCGCUGAGCCUUGGCUGUGUGGCUGGGACGCUGACUUUCUGACCUUGUCGUUAAGGGCUGUGGGACUUGUCUGGGGGUGGGGAGUUCUCACCGCUGCCACCCUCCUGGCUGUCUGAUCCCACGGCGAGUCGGGCUGGAGUGGGUGUGGGAGCCAGGGGCUUGGCAAGGGACUUUGUUCGAUGUCGUCAGCCUCUGCAGGGGGAUGUGCCAGAUGCCGGGAUUGUGCCUGCUUAGGGGCAUGAUUCUGCCGUGUGUGUUGGGAGGUAACCAGCCCCCUGCCAGCUUCUGGUUGUGCUCUCCUGUUGCACAAUCCUCAUCUUUGUUGCUUUCUCGUCCCCCUGCCUUGCCUCUCUGCAAGGAGCCCUUGCUCGGGCCCCGGACCAUUGCUGCUGAAUGAUGGGCUGAUGUGUUUGCCCGAGGGAUGGGACACAGGCCAGGUGACCUUGUGGGGCUUGUUCCAAAGAGUGUUACUGUAGAGUAGCUGAGCCUCUCGCUUGGCAGGGGCUGGGGUGCAGCGGGACUUGGUCCCCACCAAUGGCUCCGAUGGGUUAGCGGUUGUGUCUGGUUGUUGUUUGUAGGGGGCAUUAAAUGAGCCCUUUGCCGUUGAAGCAAGGGCUGUUUGGCAUGUUACCGGGGGGUGAUUGAUUUAACUCCUGGGUGGGUAAGCUACUCUGACCAGGCCCAGGGGAGGGGUCUCUGUGGAGGAGUCUGUUAUGAGGCCAAUAAACCAUUUGUACGGU